AUGCUCUCCAAAAGAAAUCCCCCGCAGACUCCUUCGGAUGCCUUCACUCGUUAUCGAGCCACGAAGGCGUCGAUGAGCAGAUCGAGACGGAAUAUCAGAGAUAGUUCCAGCUCCAGCAAUUCCAGGCGCAUAGAGAUAGACCCGCGGCGAAGACCGGCAUGUCCUCCAGACGUAUCCUCCCCAACCCCAUCUACAUCACCCAUCGUCCUCAUCAACGUCGGUGCAGAGAAACGCCUAUUCGCAGCACACGAAGCCAUCCUCUCCGCAUCGCCAUUCUUCGCUGAGCGCUGCCAAUCGCAAACCCCCUCCCCACCCUCCCGCUCCCACCCGCACAUCCAAUCCCCAGGUAAAAGAAUCAAUCUCCCAGAUGAACAACCCGAAGUUCUCUCCUGUGUACUGGAGUACCUAUACAAAGGCGAUUAUUACCCCCGCUUGCGCCACAAUGCGCGACGCAGAGCAUGGGAACUCGAGGAGGACGAAAGUGACAAAGAUAACGACGAGGGAACAAGCGCAGGCGCAACUCUAUUCCACACCGGAGCGGGUGAAGUUAUCUUGCGGGAUACCGCUGUAUACUGCGCUGCUGAGAGAUUCAAUCUCCCCGCUCUUCAACGACUCGCACUCCGCAAACAGGGUCUGCACUCGGGUAUCACGGUGAAUACCAUUCUUGCGAGUGCGCGGUACGCAUAUGCGCAUACACCUGAUACAGAGUCGAAACUGCGGGCGCAUUACCUUGCGCUGAUUAUUCGAUGUCGGGGGACGUUUAAGCGUAGUGGGACUAUGCAAAUGGAGAUGGAAAAAGGUGGGAAGUUGUUCUUUGAUUUGUUUGUUGCUAUGUGUAACCAUAUGGAUGAUGUUUUCCCGGCUUUGUCGGUUUGCAGUUCUGCUGCAGCAAGGGAGUGA